CGGCUGAAAAUUUGCUUGGGAAUGGGAAGUGAUAAGUUAGCUGAUUUAGAAUUCAUUGCGAAUUGUGGUUUCAGAAGUGGGAGAAGUGUAGAAUUCAUCUUUAUACUACGUUGAAUUUCAUAAAUGGUUUGUACAGAUUGUGAAAAAAAGCUAGGACGUGUAAUAACUCCAGAUCCUUGGAAAGCAGGCGCUCGAAACACAGUUGAAAGCGGUGGCAGAAAAAUAGGAGAAAACAAAGCCCUAACUGCAUCAAAAGCGAGGUUUACUCCAUACGCUAAAUUUGAAACUUGUCGAAUAUGUCGUACUAAAGUCCACCAAGUCGGUUCCCAUUACUGUCAAGCUUGCGCUUACAAGAAAGGCAUAUGUGCUAUGUGCGGUAAGAAAUUACUCGACGUGAAAAGUUAUCGACAAUCAUCUACCUAA